AAAUGACGUACGCAAAACUGGGGUCUGACCCGCCACCGGAAGUGCGUAUGUACACAAAGCCGUGCGGAACACAAUUUUUGGUUGUUGUUGACAGAGUCUAGAUCAUCAUGAACCUAAACAGAGUUAAGGAUGAGGACAAACUGGAACUCUGCAGGAAAUACUAUUAUGGUGGUUUCUUUGCCCUCCCUUUCCUCUGGUUGGUCAACGUUGUCUGGUUCUUCAAACAGGCCUUCAUUCGGCCACCUUUUGAACAGCAGCAAGAGAUCAAGUCAUAUAUCAUGAAGUCGCUGGUUGGCUGUGUCCUGUGGACAGCUGUGCUGGUGACAUGGAUGACGAUAUUUCAGCUGUACCGGGCCGAGUGGGGAGAAACAGCAGACAGGAUGUCCUUCAUCAUCCCCAAGGGCAUCGCCUAGGCAACACAUCAUGGCUGCCAAAUAUCUUUUUAUCUGCAGUUUGGCUACGAAAUGGAUUUGAUUCAUUUAGUACCACUUUAUUUUAGUUUAUGUUGCUCACUGUAAAAAAGUGUACUAAGAUCUCAAGAUUUCCACGAGUGUAAGUUAUACCCCGGUACAUUAUACAAAAUUUAAUGUAUUAUAUUUUGGUCUCAACUUUUACAACUAUGAUGAUGAUAUAGAAUGAAUCAUUGUAUUACAAAAAAUUUAUUGAUAAAUAGAGUUAGGGAUUAUUUAAUUGAUAAAGUCAUACCAUAUACAAGUGCAAGAAUAGGGUAACAUUACAUGUGUAUUAAACCUCACAAACCACAGAUAGUAGUAGUAGUAGUAGUUAAAUGUGCAGCAAACGACAUGUUUUGUUUUCUGACUUUAACGAUAUUCCCACCGUAGAAUAAUUUCUAUUGGGAUAUUCCGUCAGCAAGGAAGUUGUAUAUAAUAUAAGUGUGCAACAUCUUUUCUCAUUAAAAAAAAACAAGAUACU